UGUCACUCUCUUAGAACGUGGGAGUAGACGGAUGCGAAAAUGUCCGUAGUUUGGGUGACUAUAAUAUUUAACCCUGGUCAGGUUGCUAGGUCAUAUAUUUUGUGUUUCUUUUCAGUGUAUUCAACCUAGGAUGUGUUUGGCUAGAUGGAACUCUUGACUGGUUGCAAGUGUCAAGCCACCGAUUGCUUUCUUAGGCUAUAUGGUCUCUUCCUGAGGGCUAUUGUCCGUUAAUACAGAAUACAGUACACUGUUAGUGGAUUAGCGAGCUCGGUAAUCCGGUCUCCUAAAUGAACAAAAAAGUAGAGGCUUUUGAGGUUGAGCAUAUUUCGAUUAAAUCUUGGCUUAGGCCCUAGAUCAAGGGUUUAGAUCAGAAUAAAAUGAAAAUUAGUGUUGCACGUACGCAUAUUGCAUCAGAAUCUUGCAGUGAUUGUUUUAGUUUCCUGAGUUGCAUUGAUAGAGUCUUUUAAAAUAUGACUGAUUUGCAUAACUUUAGAAGCAGAAUCAUUUUCCGUAUAUGUGGUGCACAUUGAGGGCAAAAAGUAGUUUUGUUAAUGUUUAAACUUGUUACUUACAACUUUGAACUGUAUUUAGAAGUUUUGUAGUUUGAAAUCAAUAGUGCCAUAAUAUACCUUAUAAGGCGUUCUUACUAGACCCUUGUUAUAUUUACCUUUUUCUCUCCCUAUGGGGUGAUGUAGGAUAGUGCUUGAAAUCUGCACUUCAGUAGCAUUUAAUGUUCAGUGCUCUUGUCAUAAACAUAGAAUGGAUAUUGAGUAGUUUUUGAUCCCAGAUGAUAAUGUGUAGGUUCAAGGGUAUUGUGUGUGGCAAGUGAAGAUUGCAGAGAUAAAACUUCAGUUCAUGCUUGAAAUUUAAGUGUUGUUGUGAUGCCAGAAUUGCUGCUCACCGUUUUUAGGUUUCAGGUCCUCUGACACCUUUUGGUAUUGCUAAUUUUACUGAUUUGUGUAGAAUGUCAGGUGUAUUUUACCAGCUAAUAUCUAGAAAUGCUGGCAAGAGGGGUUUACUCCAGCUUUAGAUUGUAGGUAUGUUAGCUUUUUUCAUACCGUGUAUUAAAUUUACUGAGUCAGCUUGCUGAAUAAGACAGAAAGCCCAAGAAUUUUAACAGUGUGUAGCUUUAGUUGUCUAAAAGUUAGGCCUUCGGGCUUCAAAAGUUAGUGGUCAUCGAAAACCAUUAAUCUUUGCAGUUUCAGGUACAACAGACUGGUUUUGAAUAGGGAUGCGGAUGGGGCCGUCUUUUUGCAGAAUGGAAAGUAUUGACAGGAAUUGAGAGCUAUUGGUAGGCCAGUGUAUAAGGUAUGUGAAAACAGAAUUAAGUUAUUGGUCUGAAGUGACUGAAGCAUUUAGGCUCUUUCAAGGCCUAAAAUUUGGUAAUAUGAGUUUGGUAAUGCGAAUUGUGGCAGUGGACAAUAUUUAGUUAAAAUUAUGUAAUUGCAUAAGUACUAGCACAGUAUUUUUAAUAAAAAUUAUUUCUUAGCAAAUAUCAGUUGCAUUUUGUCUAAAGGUAGAGUGACACUACAGUGUCUAUAUGUCCUGCUAAAAACUGUGGGGAAUAUUUUUUUUUAAGACAACGUUUAUAUCAGGAGAGGUUUUAUUCCCUUGGAUUAUGUUAGCUGCAUAUAAAUGUGCACAGUUAAUUUUGCCCAAGUUUUUGUUUUGAAAUGAAUAUAAAACUUAAGAAGUAGCUUCCCAAAAUUUAGUUUUCUGUUAAGUCAAAAAUAUUAUUUUAAAAGAGUAUUUGCAAAUUUUGAAGUUGGCAUUAAUUGAAAAUGUUACUAAGGCUAAACUGGACCCGCUUGCCUAGAAGAUAAUUAUGGAAAAAUUCUUUUGUGACUUCCAAAGCAGUCUACUAUUAGCAUGAAUUACUGACAGUCAUCCAAAUAUAUAGGAACAAAAAAUUAAAUGUUUAUGUAACUUUGAAAAAAAAGCCUCUGAGAAAAUAAUUGAAUGCUGUCUGGGAGACAGAUUUCUUUCAGCACUUAAAGUACAUACACACUACUUUUACUUUUCCCACUUGAUUUAAAAUUAUCAGGGUUAUUAAGACCUUAAAAUUAUUUUACCAGGUUUUUACAUGUGAGCUGUGACAUGACUGGCAUUUUCUUUGAUUUCAGCGUAUGUGGGUCUCUACACAUGAAAUUUAUGUGACUUAAAACUUUCUCUAAAACUGUACUUUUAGUUAUGAUAUGCAUAGAAAGCAGUAUCAAAUAUUGCGUCAAAUGACUAAUAACACUUAAUUUCUAGAGUUGUGGUUUUAUUGAGCCAAAAGUUGAUAUGAAAAAAAGUCAGUAAGGAAAGUCAGUGAAGUGCUUGCUUUUUUGGUAAUUGCUCUCCCAAUAAUUUUGAUAUUGCAACGUACUUGGUUUGCUUGUUUUCACAUUAGUGUUUUCUGUUUAUUGGGGUGGGAAGGCAUUAAAAUGGUCAUUGAAGACUUUGUCUUUGACAUGUUGUAGUAUUUAUUUCAGCAACUAACCUGUGAAAAGUUAAAUUCCUUUAUGAAAGUAGUGAUUGGAGUAUUUUUAUCUGAUAAAGAAAGAUUAGUAAUGAAGUUAUUUCUCCGAGGAAAAUUGAGGACAAUAAUUCAGUUUUAAAAUAUUAUCGCAUUAUCGUAAAAUUAAAUUAUUCUAAAAAUUUGUUAGUAGGGUUAUAUACUUAAUAUUAGUCUGAAAUAUAGUGCUGAAUUUGAGACUAUAGAAAAAUUUAGUGUAUUUAGGGUAUGUGGAAACUUUAGUCUUCUGUUGUAUUUUCAUUGUUUGGUAGAUUUGCCUCUUUUCAAAUAAAUCUUCACAGGGAAUACUUUUAACUUGUAGAGAGUACAGUGACUAUUGAAGUUACCUAAAUUACCUCAAGGUAAGUGAUUACUGAAAUUAAUCAUGAGGGUUUUAAAAAAUAUUUUAUUCACAACAUUUAUUUUACAUUGUUUUGUAUCUGCUAAGUUAUAUUUCCUGAAAAACAUAACUGGACCACCUAAUUGCUAUAUGAUAACUUACAAACUUCAUUUUUCAUAGUGCUUAUUCAAGUGUAAAGCACAACUGAAAGGAGUAAUGUACAGUUUAUAUGAGGAAAAAGGAAUUUUAUUGCUGCCAGUGUAAAAGUUUGCACAGCAGUAUAGUCAUCAAUGCAGAUUUACAUUGCUUAUAAUAUACUAAGUAAAUACUAAAUGAUUAAAGAUAAUAAAAUAUGGUGAGGUAUAACCACCUUCAUUUUAAACUUAGUUUUAGAACAUAGUAAAGAAAGGUUGCUUUAUUACCUUUUUAGAAUUUUAUUUUUAAUAACAUGGGAAAGGCAACUGGUGAUAUUUUAAUUUUUGUAUGGAACAGUGUAUCUGCUUUCUCAUAGCCACAUAAAAUACAUAAACUUCUUAGUGUUAUGAAAUGGCUUACUUUUUGGAAGUGAAGAAGUCUUCAAUUCUUAUUUUCUAAUGUUAUUUUGAAAUUUGCCUCCAUUUGCUGUUUUUUCAUUUGGUGAUAGCGCAACACUUAAAAAAAUAUUUUAAGCCACUUCUGAAGUAAUCGCUUCAGACUUUUAAUGGAGGAGUAUUUGUUAUGGGAAAUUCACUUCACAAAGUUUUAACAUUAAUUCACUUGAAGUAAACGUUCUAUUUUUAAAUUUUCAUCAUUCUUUUUAGUAAGACGAAAGCUUAGGAAAUCAAUUUUAUUAUUGAUACUGUGUGUGACUUCAGAGUUUGUAAAGAUAAUUGUAGAAGUGUUGCAUGCAUAUGACAAUUUUCUGCUUAAUUGAAAUGUGAGGCCUCUGCCAUACUACAGGGAUUUAGCUUCCAGAAAAUGUAGUAUUAAGAUAGCUUAAGAAAUGUAUUUUUUUUUUUCUGUAGAAACCAUUGGGUUAAACAGUUCUGAAGUUUUAUUACAUAGAACCCAUUAGUUCUUAUUCUUGUUACCUUUUUCUUCAUUUUUUCUGUUAAACUUGAUUUUCACAGUCAGCAUUGAAGAAUUCAUCUUGUGGCCCAAAUUCAUUAAGAAAAGAUGUUAGGAUUUGUUCUGAAGAUAGUGACUUAGGAAAUUUGUGAGACUGGGGUCAGUCAGUUCUGUUUUACAAUUGCUUUCUAUCUGGUAGCUUUGAAAUUAAUGCAGUUGCUUAUCAGAGAGAAUAAUGUUGAGGUUAGACUAACUUAAAUUGGUAAGGCUUUGCUGAGCAAACUGAUAACUGUAAGUCUUUUAUAGGAUGUUUUACUGCCACAUAUAUGUUCUUCCAUAGGUGAUUAAAAGUAUAUUGGUCUGUGUUUGGUGAUUCUCUUUGUACAUAUUGAAUAUAUGCAUUCACUAAUAUAAAAUAAUUUGUCAAGAAAGGUGAAAUUAGUAUAUUGUACUUGACUAUUCACCUUUCCCCUAGUUUUUCGAAUUUUUUUCAUUGGUUGCAGAGGAAGUAUUAGCAAUUUCAUUCUUUUAAAAUAGUUUGCACUGGAAUAAAUAAGUAUUGGCAAAUAUUAAUAUAAGAAGAGUAACAUAAUUUAUGGGUGAAUUAAUUUUAUUUGGGAAGUUUUAGUUCUGUGUAAUUAAGGCAGACUCUUCAUUUGCAACAGUUGACACUGGGACGUGUGGACAUCUUCAAGGUAUUAGGACAUCUUCAAGGCAUUACUUUUUGGCAAUGUUGAGAAUUUUUUUUUGAGAUGGAAUCUCACUCUAUUGCCCAGGCUGGUGUGCAGAGGCAGGAUCUUGGCUCACUGGAACCUCUGCCUCCCAGGUUCAGGCGAUUCUCCUGCCUGAACCUCCCAAGCAGCUGGGAUUACAGGUGCAUGCCACCACACCCAGCUAGUUUUUGUACUUUUAGUAGAGAUGGGGUUUCGGCCACCUUGGCCAGGCUGGUCUCAAACUCCAGACCUCAAGGGAUCUGCCUGCCUCAGCCUCCCAAAAUGCUGGGAUUACAGGCGUGACCACUGCACCCGGCCAGUGUUGAGAAUAUUGAGAGAUGGAUAUUGUAGCUGUACCUGCCAUCAAAAGAAUUUUCUUGACCUCCACAUAGUGUGAAAAAGAAGACUGUUUACGCAUUAUAUUUUAAGUAAUUAAACACAUAAUUAUUAUCAGUACUCAUCACUUCAAAUAUGAACAGUGAAUCUAACCAGUGUUUGAUUUCUGUGUGUGUGUAUGUGUAUACAAAGUUAGCAAACCUUUUAUCUUAAUAUUUAUUAAACGAAUUUUCGUUUCUUUAAAGAAAAGACUACCUUGGAGGAUAUUGUUCUAUAAUUUUUAAAUAUGGUCAGAUCUAUUUUAAAUUACAUUUAAAUUUUGAGUAUUACGUUUAUCUAUACUUUUAAGCGUAUAUACAUUGUUUCAUUUUAGAUUUUAGGGAGGCAGUGUGGGCUCUGGAGCCACACUGCUUGUUUUGUAAUCCUGGAUCUUCCAUUUAGUAGCUGGAUGACUUUGAGUAGGUUAUUUAGAUUUUCUCAAUCUAUUUUAUCUGUAAAAUGGGGAUGAUAAUGGAACCUACCGCAUACGUUUAUCUUGAAUAGUAAGUGAGAUAAUAAUAAGUCAUUCAUUUAGCAUAGUACCUGCCACAUUGUAAAUACUUAAAUGGUAGCUACUGCUCUGAAAAACUAAUUUCAGGUUAUGUAUGUAGGGAAAUUAUUUGUAUUUUCAUUUAUGGUGUAUGAUUGUAACUGAAUUUCCUCAGUUUGGGCCAUGUUAGGAUUUUAAUUGUUUCAAGUUAUAAGUGUUUUUAAAAAUAAGGGUAUUCCUUUAGGAAGUCUGGGUAUGACAUGUCUGCGAUUUUGCUGUUUCAUCACAAAUGGGAAAUAAAUUUCUGCUAACUCAAACUGUUAGCCAAAGUAAAAUUAAUUAUGCCAAUCAAAAACUAUUUGCUUUAAAAUAUAAAAGGCAAAAACUUCCUAUUAGCAUAAUGAAGUAGAAUUUUUAAACUUUGUUAUAAUCUUAAAUUUUCUUUAGUGUUGAAGAUAGGUCAACUUUUAACUAUCAUACAUUUUUAUUCAUAUAAAGUAAACCCUGCCUCAAAUGCAAUAAACUUAAUAUGAGUUAUGUAAACUUUGGUCAAUAGAGGUAUAUUUUUUAGCAUUUCCUUUUGAAAAUUUCAGCUUUUUGAGGGAGUCUUGCAACUGAACGUCAAGUUACAUUUAUUACAAUAAAAUUUACACUUAAUAUAAUCUGUAAUGCAUUAACAUAAUAUGGGAACUUUUAAAGUAUUCAAUCUCUGUAUUACUGUGUCCUAUUUUCACAUUUGGCCAGAAUUCUCAAUAUCAUUUAGGCCCAAGACGUGGGAAGAAAGAACUAAAGAACUAAAGGAUUUUUUUCUUCAUUUUUUUUUAUUGAAUAUGGGGAAAGAUGGAAUAAGCUUAUUUGUCCAGUAAAGGCCAUUAUGUGUACAUAGGGAUUAUUUUUUUUUUCCCCCUUGGGCUGUACUGAUUUCCCAGAUGUACCACAGCACUCUCAGUAGUGAAGCACUUGACUUCCAGUGAGUGGAUUUUUUUUGUGUGUGUGUUUUAUAUUGCAGAGUGAAUACACCCUGUCUGAUACUAUGUGACUGUCUGAUUAUGUGAUUUUUAUGCAUUUUAUGUGUUUUGUAAACUAGCUAUAUUUUUGGUCCAUGUCUAGAUUGUAGAAUUGAAUUGUGCAUUUUGGCAUCUGAGCACAGCUGAGUUUUCUAAAUCAAUCUCUCUCCUUGCACCUAGUUUUUGCUUUGGAUCACUACCUAAAACUUACUGUUGAUUUAAUAUUAGAGCACUUAAGCAUAGCUUUGACUUUUGUUUCCUUUGAUUUUUGUAGAUUUUCAGGCUGAAGUACAAUAAGGUUCUCUGUUCUUUACUAGUAAUUGCAAAGAUUAUAUUCUGUGAAUUUUAUUUAAUACUUUUGAUAUUUUGAAGAGGAUGUAAUUAUUUAAGGUAUUAUGAAAUGCAUUGUGAUUUGAAUUAGAUACUCUUUUGAGAUGGAGUUUUGCUCUUGUUGCCCAGGCUGGAGUGCAAUGGUGCGAUCUCGGCUCACCGCAGCCUCCGCGUCGUGGAUUCAAGCGAUUCUCUUGCCGCAGCCUCCCAAGUAGCUGGAAUUAACAGGCAUGCGCCACCAUGCCUGGCUAAUUUUAUGUUUUUUUUUUUCAGUAGAGAUGGGGUUUCUCCAUGUUGGUCAGGCUGGCCUCAAACUCUUGACCUCAGGUAAUCUGCCUGUCUCAGCCUGCCAAAGUGCUGGCAUUACAGGCAUGAGCCACCGCGCCUGGCCUCAGAUACUCUUAAUUAGAUGCAUUUAAAAAUUUAACCCACCGUUGCUGGCAUGAAUAGAUGUAUUUUUAGAGUGAUUCAUAAAUAUCAUAUACAUGUUUAAAGUUACAAACUUUUUGCUUAUUUCAAAAUGCAGGAUUCUUUUCCAUUUAAAAUUCCCUCUCUUUGUGAGACUUCUUUUUGAGUAUUCUGGUUACUCUAAACUGAUUGGAGAUGAAAUUAGAUAGAAUUGAAAACUGUACUUUUAAAAUGAAAUUUUGGGGAUGUCAUUAAGCUUGAUAUUUUAGGUUUUUUUUUUAGUGUGUAUUAUAAAUUAUUUUACACUGUCAGCGAUAAAAUGGAAUGCCUGGGAUUUUUUUAAAUUUAUUUUGUUGAUUUUUAUAAGGUAAAAACAGUGUUUUGCUAGGCUUAAUAUGACCAUGUUGUAAAAUUUAUCGUAUACCUUGAAAGAAUCAUUUAUGAAAGAUACUGAAUUAGCUAAUACAUACUCUGUCUUAUGUAGUUUUUGAUUAACAAUACACUUUUUAAAUCAUUAGCUCAUUUGAUUUUGCAAAGAACAGGUAACCUAAGAGGCAGAAAGAACAGGCAUUACUUUUCUUUUUCUUUCUUUUUUAAUUUUUUUUUUUUUUUGCACCUUAGGAAUUGUAGCUCCAGUGGAAUCAGUAUCUUGUUAAUGGCUAGUGAAAGAUUGAGUCUGAAGAAGGAUGCAGGACUUUUUUGGUACUUGGUGCAGUAUUCGUCCCAUUGUGUUACAUGAGUGGUUCUUAAACUUCAGUGUAUUAGAACAACCUGAAGGGCUUAUUAAGCUAUGGAUUGCUUGCUCCACCCUCAGAGUUUCUGAUUCAGUAGGUCUGGAUUGGGACCUGAAAAUUUUUAUUUCUUAGAAGUUUUCAAGUGAUACUGAUGCUGGUGGUCUGGGGAUCACACUUUGAGGACCACCGAUGAACAUUAUCUCCCACCAAGCAAACCCUUAACAUGUUAUGCUCCUUUAGGUUAUUAGAGUUUAUACAUGCAUUAUUUCAUUUGACCUGUAAACUCUAAGUAGCUUUGCAUGGAAAAUGUUAUCCUGAUUUUAUAGAUGAGAUAGUGAGUUUAGAAAGGCAGUAUGGUGGAAUGGAGCAUAGAUUUGGAGUUGGCUAGACCUAAAGUCCAGAUUAAAUCUUUGCUCAAGGCUGGGCGUGGUGGCUCACGCCUGUAAUCCCAGUGCUUUGGGAGGCCAACGUUGGUAGAUUGCUUGAGUCCAGAAGUUCGAGACCAGUCUGGGCAACAUAGGGACACCCUGUCUCUACAAAAAAAAAUACAAAAAUUAGUUGGGUGUUGUAGUGCGCACUGGUAGUCCCAGCUACUGAGGAGGCUGAGGUGGGAUCACCUGAGACUGGGACUUUGAGGCUGCAUUGAGCUGUGAUUGGGACACUGUACUCCAGCCUGGGUGACAGAGUGAGACCCUCUCUCAAAAAUAAAUAAAUAAAUACAUCCCUGCUCAGCCACUUAUCAGUUAUGUAGAUAACACUGCCUAACCUUACUGAACCCUGUUUCGACAACUCCAAAAUGGGAGUAAAAAUCCUACACUUGUACAGUGGUUUUUUAGGUUUGUUAAAAGUAUAGGUGAGGUUUUUUUCAGAGUAUUGGUUGCCAUCUGGGAGUGAUCCCCUUUUCACCUCCUCUAGGACUUUUAGCAUUUUCUGGAGACAUUUUGGUGGUCACAGCUGGGGUGGUAGAUUGUGCUAUUGGCUAGGGGCUUGAAGCCAGUGAUGCUGCUUAACAUCUUAUAUGGCACAAGACCCCUCCCCGUCAACAAAGAAUUAUCUAGCCCAAAAUGCUGUGUAAAAUCUCUGGUAUAUAAUAAGUGUAAUAUUUGAUGAAAAUGAGUACCUUUGCCCCCAGUUUUGAUAUUUAAGAUGGUCAACUUACUAAAUCAGUGAUGGAGUUAGUCCUAACAUCUGGGUUUUCUGACUGCUGCUAGGCCAGUAUUCUUUAUAUUAUAAUAAGAACUUUGUCCACAGAAGAUAUCCCUAAUAACAAAAAAGGUUUAUUUGAAGAGGACUCAUGUGUUCUUCAGCUGAUUGUGAAAGUGUUGCUUUGAACUUCUGUUAGAAAAGGUUGAAGAUGUUUUCCAUAAGCGUUUUUAAUACUGUACGUAGUAUUCAGAAGGAUGUUUAAAUUUUUUUUUAAGUUUUGCUAGUAGUUUUUAAAGUAAUCCUUUUUCCUUUAAUUAUGUAGUUGUUGAACUGUUGGGAGUUACUUUUCUCUUACUGUUUUGUUAUUUAAUGUAUUCUUUGACCUUAUGCUUUUUUAUUCUAAAGCUGCUUUUAUUAUAGUCAGAUAUGAUGAAGUUAAAUGUACAAUGUAAAAUUGCAAACUUCCAACGAGCUAUACAAACUUAAAUAUUUUCUAGGUAAAGAAAAUAGGGCUGACUCUAAGGUUCUCUGAUCCAUGUGUUGCAUUCUUUUCUAGGCCCUAAAUUUGCUAUGCCAGCCUGUUGAAUGAAAGUGCUUUAUUUAUCUAAAUUAGAAACUUGUAUUAAAGUGAAGUUUUAGAAAAAAAGAAACAAAAACGGAAUGUAGUUUUAGGUUAGCCCAGAGAUGGGAAGAUGCCAAGGGGGUAGCUUUAGUGCAUUCUGAAUUUUUUGAUUUUGUUUUGUUUUUAGGGCAGGCAAAUAUAAUUACGAAAGUGUUCUAGGAAUAGAUUGCUGUGAUUUUUUUUCUGUUUGCUUGAUUUUACAAUUUUCUUUGCCUCUCACUUUUGAAUGCAGAAUAAAAUGUCAAGGCCUUAUUUCUUUUAAAUUCUUAAGAAAUUUAAGAUUUGACUGUUAAUUCUUUUUGAAAUACAGGGGAUAUUUUGAGAUACCAAUUAUUUAAGACAAAUAGGACUCAUUGUUACAAUUCAGUUGAAUAAGGCUUAUGAUGUUUAUUUCAGUAUAUGAAUGAAAACUCUAUGUGCUUAUUGUACUUAAGAAAAUUUCUUUUAUUAAAAACAUGACUAAAGAGAAUUUUAAAAAUCACCCAUUGUCCUACUUCUCUAAAACUUAAUGUUUUCAUAUUAGCUUCCAGUUUUGUUCAUAUGCAUAUACUUUAAAACCUAGUUCAUGGUGAACUUAAGAUGGUGUUCUUUUUAAAAAAUAAUUUCCAUUGCACUUUGUUGUUGCCUUAAUUAAAUGGUGAAAUCAUCAGAAAUAUUUAUUUUCCUAUACUUAUACACUUAUUAAGCUUGUUGCCAUUUUUUUUAUUUUCUGAUUUUUUAAGUGGAUUUAAGAUAACCUAAACAUAGAGAAGAUUUUCAUGGUUUUGAUUCAUGAAAUCAUAAUGUUAUACAAACCUAACUGAAGUGUUAGAGCCUUGAAGCAUUUUCCCCCUGAAUUACAUAUGGUAACUCUACUUGUAUUUAAUACUGAAAGUAUAUUUUACUUAUUUAAGUGAGACAAAGUAAAAUUUAGCUGAAUACUUUAGAUCUAUCAAUUUCCUUUUCCUGUUACAAGAACAUUACAUUGUGUUGAAAUUAAAGUGGAUAUAGAAGGUAAUUAGAAUAAACUGCCGCAUCAUUUUUAUAGUAAAGUGGUAAUAACACUAUUGCUUUCUGUUUUUUUUAAUCAGAAGGAGUAUUGGCUUGUAAUGAUGUUACUGUUCCCCGAAGCAUAUUUUGAAUGAUACGGUUUAUAUUUGCACAGUUGCCCAGGUUUUUGGAUUCAAAGCAUAAAAACCAUUACAAGAUAUACAAUCUUUGUGCUGAAAGACAUUAUGACACCGCCAAAUUUAAUUGCAGAGUUGCACAAUAUCCUUUUGAAGACCAUAACCCACCACAGCUAGAACUUAUCAAACCCUUUUGUGAAGAUCUUGACCAAUGGCUAAGUGAAGAUGACAAUCAUGUUGCAGCAAUUCACUGUAAAGCUGGAAAGGGACGAACUGGUGUAAUGAUUUGUGCAUAUUUAUUACAUCGGGGCAAAUUUUUAAAGGCACAAGAGGCCCUAGAUUUCUAUGGGGAAGUAAGGACCAGAGACAAAAAGGGAGUAACUAUUCCCAGUCAGAGGCGCUAUGUGUAUUAUUAUAGCUACCUGUUAAAGAAUCAUCUGGAUUAUAGACCAGUGGCACUGUUGUUUCACAAGAUGAUGUUUGAAACUAUUCCAAUGUUCAGUGGCGGAACUUGCAAUCCUCAGUUUGUGGUCUGCCAGCUAAAGGUGAAGAUAUAUUCCUCCAAUUCAGGACCCACACGACGGGAAGACAAGUUCAUGUACUUUGAGUUCCCUCAGCCGUUACCUGUGUGUGGUGAUAUCAAAGUAGAGUUCUUCCACAAACAGAACAAGAUGCUAAAAAAGGACAAAAUGUUUCACUUUUGGGUAAAUACAUUCUUCAUACCAGGACCAGAGGAAACCUCAGAAAAAGUAGAAAAUGGAAGUCUAUGUGAUCAAGAAAUUGAUAGCAUUUGCAGUAUAGAGCGUGCAGAUAAUGACAAGGAAUAUCUAGUACUUACUUUAACAAAAAAUGAUCUUGACAAAGCAAAUAAAGACAAAGCCAACCGAUACUUUUCUCCAAAUUUUAAGGUGAAGCUGUACUUCACAAAAACAGUAGAGGAGCCGUCAAAUCCAGAGGCUAGCAGUUCAACUUCUGUAACACCAGAUGUUAGUGACAAUGAACCUGAUCAUUAUAGAUAUUCUGACACCACUGACUCUGAUCCAGAGAAUGAACCUUUUGAUGAAGAUCAGCAUACACAAAUUACAAAAGUCUGAAUUUUUUUUUAUCAAGAGGGAUAAAACACCAUGAAAACAAACUUGAAUAAACUGAAAAUGGACCUUUUUUUUUUUAAUGGCAAUAGGACAUUGUGUCAGAUUACCAGUUAUAGGAACAAUUCUCUUUUCCUGACCAAUCUUGUUUUACCCUAUACAUCCACAGGGUUUUGACACUUGUUGUCCAGUUGAAAAAAGGUUGUGUAGCUGUGUCAUGUAUAUACCUUUUUGUGUCAAAAGGACAUUUAAAAUUCAAUUAGGAUUAAUAAAGAUGGCACUUUCCCAUUUUAUUCCAGUUUUAUAAAAAGUGGAGACAGACUGAUGUGUAUACGUAGGAAUUUCUUCCUUUUGUGUUCUGUCACCAACUGAAGUGGCUAAAGAGCUUUGUGAUAUACUGGUUCACAUCCUACCCCUUUGCACUUGUGGCAACAGAUAAGUUUGCAGUUGGCUAAGAGAAGUUUCUGGAGGGUUUUGCUACAUUCUAAUGCAUGUAUUCGGGUUAGGGGAAUGGAGGGAAUGCUCAGAAAGGAAAUAAUUUUAUGCUGGACUCUGGACCAUAUACCAUCUCCAGCUAUUUACACACACCUUUCUUUAGCAUGCUACAGUUAUUAAUCUGGACAUUCGAGGAAUUGGCCGCUGUCACUGCUUGUUGUUUGCGCAUUUUUUUUUUUAAAGCAUAUUGGUGCUAGAAAAGGCAGCUAAAGGAAGUGAAUCUGUAUUGGGGUACAGGAAUGAACCUUCUGCAACAUCUUAAGAUCCACAAAUGAAGGGAUAUAAAAAUAAUGUCAUAGGUAAGAAACACAGCAACAAUGACUUAACCAUAUAAAUGUGGAGGCUAUCAACAAAGAAUGGGCUUGAAACAUUAUAAAAAUUGACAAUGAUUUAUUAAAUAUGUUUUCUCAAUUGUAACGACUUCUCCAUCUCCUGUGUAAUCAAGGCCAGUGCUAAAAGUCAGAUGCUAUUAGUACCUACAUCAGUCAACAACUUACACUUAUUUUACUAGUUUUCAAUCAUAUACCUGCUGUGGAUGCUUCAUGUGCUGCCUGCAAGCUUCUUUUUUCUCAUUAAAUAUAAAAUAUUUUGUAAUGCUGCACAGAAAUUUUCAAUUUGAGAUUCUACAGUAAGCGUUUUUUUCUUUGAAGAUUUAUGAUGCACUUAUUCAAUAGCUGUCAGCCGUUCCACCCUUUUGACCUUACACAUUCUAUUACAAUGAGUUUUGCAGUUUUGCACAUUUUUUAAAUGUCAUUAACUGUUAGGGAAUUUUACUUGAAUACUGAAUACAUAUAAUGUUUAUAUUAAAAAGGACAUUUGUGUUAAAAAGGAAAUUAGAGUUGCAGUAAACUUUCAAUGCUGCACACACAAAAAAGACAUUUGAUUUUUCAGUAGAAAUUGUCCUACAUGUGCUUUAUUGAUUUGCUAUUGAAAGAAUAGGGUUUUGUUUUGUUUUGUUUUGUUUUUUUUUAAUGUGCAGUGUUGAAUCAUUUCUUCAUAGUGCUCCCCCGAGUUGGGACUAGGGCUUCAAUUUCACUUCUUAAAAAGAAUCAUUAUAUAUUUGAUAUGCCCAGACUGCAUAUGAUUUUAAGCGGAGUACAACUACUAUUGUAAAGCUAAUGUGAAGAUACUAUUAAAAAGGAUUUUUUUUCCAGAAAUUUGGUGUCUUCAAAUUAUACCUUCACCUUGGCAUUUGAAUAUCCAGCCAUUAUAUUUCUUAAUGAUAUAAAAUUCCAUUUUCAAUAACUUAUUGGUGCUGAAAUUGUUCACUAGCUGUGGUCUGACCUAGUUAAUUUACAAAUUCAGAUUGAAUAGGACCUACUAGAGCAGCAUUUAUAGUUUGAUGGCAAAUAGAUUAGGCAGAACUUCAUCUAAAAUAUUCUUAGUAAAUAAUGUUGACAUGUUUUACAUACCUUGUCAGUUUCAUUCAACAAUUUUUAAAUUUUUAACAAAGCUCUUAGGAUUUACACAUUUAUAUUUAAACAUUGAUAUAUAGAGUAUUGAUUGAUUGCUCAUAAGUUAAAUUGGUAAAGUUAGAGACAAUUAUUCCUAACACCUCACCAUUGAAAUUUAUAUGCCACCUUGUCUUUCAUAAAAGCUGAAAAUUGUUACCUAAAAUGAGAAUCAACUUCAUGUUUUGAAGAUAGUUAUAAAUAUUGUUCUUUGUUACAAUUUUGGGCACCGCAUACUAAAACGUAACUUUUAUUGUUCCAAUAUGUAACAUGGAGGGCCAGGUCAUAAAUAAUGACAUUAUAAUGGGCUUUUGCACUGUUAUUAUUUUUCCUUUGGAAUGUGAAGGUCUGAAUGAGGGUUUUGAUUUUGAAUGUUUCAAUGUUUUUGAGAAGCCUUGCUUACAUUUUAUGGUGUAGUCAUUGGAAAUGGAAAAAUGGCAUUAUAUAUAUUAUAUAUAUAAAUAUAUAUUAUACAUACUCUCCUUACUUUAUUUCAGUUACCAUCCCCAUAGAAUUUGACAAGAAUUGCUAUGACUGAAAGGUUUUCGAGUCCUAAUUAAAACUUUAUUUAUGGCAGUAUUCAUAAUUAGCCUGAAAUGCAUUCUGUAGGUAAUCUCUGAGUUUCUGGAAUGUUUUCUUAGACUUUUUGGAUGUGCAGCAGCUUACAUGUCUGAAGUUACUUGAAGGCAUCACUUUUAAGAAAGCUUACAGUUGGGCCCUGUACCAUCCCAAGUCCUUUGUAGCUCCUCUUGAACAUGUUUGCCAUACUUUUAAAAGGGUAGUUGAAUAAAUAGCGUCACCAUUCUUUGCUGUGGCACAGGCUAUAAACUUAAGUGGAGUUUACCGGCAGCAUCAAAUGUUUCAGCUUUAAAAAAUAAAAGUAGGGUACAAGUUUAAUGUUUAGUUCUAGAAAUUUUGUGCAAUAUGUUCAUAACGAUGGCUGUGGUUGCCACAAAGUGCCUCGUUUACCUUUAAAUACUGUUAAUGUGUCAUGCAUGCAGAUGGAAGGGGUGGAACUGUGCACUAAAGUGGGGGCUUUAACUGUAGUGUUUGGCAGAGUUGCCUUCUACCUGCCAGUUCAAAAGUUCAAGUUCAACCUGUUUUCAUAUAGAAUAUAUAUACUAAAAAAUUUCAGUCUGUUAAACAGCCUUACUCUGAUUCAGCCUCUUCAGAUACUCUUGUGCUGUGCAGCAGUGGCUCUGUGUGUAAAUGCUAUGCACUGAGGAUACACAAAAAUACCAAUAUGAUGUGUACAGGAUAAUGCCUCAUCCCAAUCAGAUGUCCAUUUGUUAUUGUGUUUGUUAACAACCCUUUAUCUCUUAGUGUUAUAAACUCCACUUAAAACUGAUUAAAGUCUCAUUCUUGUCA